AGAGUGAGAUUUGCAAUGCAGGAAGAUUGUCCCCUCCCUGCCACCGUAGCAGGCUUAUCCCCAAAUCCAGCUGCUCAGUGUAGUGUGAGGAUCAUUCUGGCUGCCACAUAGACAGGGAGGGGGUUGCUGCCUCUGGGGCUGAGAGCAGAUCAGGGGUUAAUAAUUCUGGCAGGGGAAUCGCAGGCCUUCCAGCCCAAAUCUGCUACAUUUUACCGGCAAAGAUUCAGGUUACUUCACUUUGGAAAAACUUUUUGUAGCUUUGUUGGGAAUUUCUCUUCAUUCCCCUUGGAAAGCAUAGCGGCUGAGCAUGUAAACAUUGCAUUUAGUAAAAAUGCUGUGGUAGCGCUGGACAGAUUUUAAUUACUUUUAUAUCUAAUUCCAUUUAAUAACUUUCUAUGUAUAGUUAGCAGUUGGGGUGUUUUACAAUGUCUGGCGAAGUGAAGCAGAGGAAGAAAGGUGGCAUGCCAUCCUCCAAGGAAGCGAAGGAUGCUCAGCGGAGUGGCACUGCUGCAGGACAGCGGGCAAAUGGAGAUAGUCCUGGGAAGCUGGCAGCUGCCUCUUUAGGGACUGGACGCCAGUCAAUGUGCCCUGAUGUCAGGACCCUGCUGUGCUGCUUGUGUUUGGCGCUCUGUGCGACUUUGACAUGGACGGUAUUUCAGCAGUCGCAAAACUUUAUCCUUCUUGAACAGAAGUACCAGACUCUGCAGUCCCGAUCGUCUGCACUAGAAGACCUGGAAGCUAAAGUUGGAGACAUUUUUGGGAAGCUCGAAUCCUCAGACAACUCCCUAGCAGAAGCUACAGCAUCAUCUUUCCUAGUAAACCACUUACAGCAACAAAUAUCUAGCCUCCAUAAUGACAUUGAUCACAUUCAAACCAAUGAGCAGGCACUUUCCAAAAUGAUGCAGAAUGUCAACAUUAAGUUCCAAAAUGUCACAGAUACAUGGAAGAGAAACCUGGAUGAAAUGAACCUGGAAGCGAACUCUGUAAAAUCUGAGACCAAGUUAUUUCAUCAGCAGAUGACUUCAAAAAUUAACUCGGCUGACCAGACCCUAAAAGUUCUUUCCGAGAAGCUUAAAGAGUUUGAAGAUAGUACACCCAGGAAUUUUAGAACAGUGAGAAAACAAGAAGAUGAAGAUUUUCAACGUAUCUCUGACGUUUUGGACUACGAUGCCAAGGCUAUUGAGGAUCUGAUAACGCGGCAGAACGAGUUGGCCAACAUGAACCAAGAAGUUCAGAAGAACAUAAUCCAGUUUGAGCCAAAACUAACAGAGUGCAUUGACAAUUUGCCAGUUAUUGAUAACGCCGUGCGCACGCUACUAAAGGUCUCCAACGAGAUGCUUGACUAUGACAAAAGGAUUAACGAGUUGACUGUACAGGUGUUUAAUACAGAGGACACGUUGUUGAAAAUAAUCUCAGAGACGUUAGAGAUCCAACAUGCUCUGGAGAGUAUGCAGUAUGACAAAAGUAUCCUAAAACUGCAAAAUGAAAUUUCAGUUUUGAAAGAGAAAACAAAAACUUUAUCUUCAGUCAAAGAGUCGGUGUCGGAGGAGCAAUCAAGUGACUGAACUUUUUCUAAUAGGACAGCUUUUACAUGGCCACUUUUUGACGCAUACCUGUUUUAUGGGUAAUGUACGGCAAAUAGUGGUUUACAUUUGCUUAGACCCGAUACGGGGGUAAGGAGGGAGUUGUCUCCCUGAGGAUAGAUUUUAAUAAUACCUCCUCCAUUCCAAACUUUUUAGGUACACCCAAUUUUAAUAAUGUUGAGACCAUUUACAUUUUUCUGUGCCUAAUUUUCUUUUUCAAUUGCCCAAAGCAUCUGCAGCUAUGAUAAAUAUAUAAUAGUUCUAAUGCCCCGUACACACGAUCAGAAUUUUCGAUGGAAAAAGACAGACAGACUUUUUUUAUCGGAAAUUCCA